AUGGAACCAAUAGAAUGCUUGACGGUCUUAUCAAGAAUUCUGGUUACUUUGGGAAGCAACGGUGAUAAGGUCUUGAAAGAUUAUAGACACAAUUUGGAUCUUUUGUCUGCCUGUCUUUCUCAUGCAAACUCCAAUGCUGGAUUUAGAAGAGAAGUCUUUCAAUCCCAAUCUGUUUGGGUAAUGCUGAACCAAAUUUUCAGUUUCUACUUGGAAAACAGUGAUACUCGUGUUGUUCAGGACGAGAUAUGGCAAUACAGAACCAGGACCGUUAGAGGCAUUAGUUUGCUAGCAAGAAGCAUGAUAACCGCAUGUACUGCCCAGGAUUCGUCUGCUCAACCGUAUGUGGAAAAUACUCAUAGAAAUAUCUCCAACGUCACCAGGGUUUCGAUAGCUAAAUUAUGUGACAGCUCCUUAUCAGAUAGUACAAGAGAUUUGUAUGUGAAGCUGAUUUCUUCCAAUUUUCAAUUCCUAACUAACCUGAUGAAUACAAAACUGGGGGACGAGUAUCAUGGAACUAUCGACUACAAGCUAGCUCAGGAUCUCUUUAGAAGAAUUGCUCACGUUAAGGAACCGGGUGAUGCACCCUUGGACCUUGAGUUUGCAGAACACGGGUUGUAUUUAGUCAAUAGUCUGGUGGACAAUAAAGAGUUCUCUUUCACACUAAUGGAUGAUCAAGAGACAUUUAAUUUAUUCUUGAGUGCUCUGUUGAACAGUUUUGAAGAAUUCUCUACUAAUGCUGCAAUCGAGAUAGAAGCUGCCAAGGACCAAGAUCUGAAUGCAAUAGAACUCUUGAUUGUUUCAAUCUGCUCCAAAAUCAUCACAAAACCCAGGUUCGUUACUUGGAUCGAUACGAUGGAUCCAUUUGAUGGCAACAUGCCCAACUACCUAAAACUAUUUCAAACAAUAAUUGUUAAUAGAGACUCAUGGAGCUCAGACCAGCUGAUUGUGCUUAUAACAUGGUUGACUACAUUGUUUGACCGUCUGAAUGUUGACGACAACAGUGUACUAACUGCGUCACUUAACAAAGUAUUAGUCUCUACAUUAGACUCUAUUGCCAGCAUAUGUCAAUACGAAGAAGUCAGACAGUAUAUCAGUGAAUACCACUAUUUUGUCAAGUUUUUGGAUCUUUUGAAGAUGUUGUCAAUCAAGGUUCCAAGAAAAGCACUGAAAGACUCUGCAUCAAAAAUUCAGUUCCCCAACACCAAAUCAAUCAUCGUAGAAAUACUCACCUUUCUGGUCCACAAAAAUUUCAAGGUUCAAGAAGCAAUGCGUGACUUUCAGGGAAUAGAAGUCAUCUUGAACAAUUGCAACAUUGAUGAAAAUGAGCCUUUCAUCAAAGAACGAUCCAUACUGUGCAUCAAGUACUUACUAGAGAAUAAUCAGGCUAAUCAAGACUUUGUUGCCAAGUUGGAAGCUAAAAAAGUAACAGAUGAUAAAGUUCUCAGUGAAGCUGGAUAUGAAGUCGAUAUUGUGGACGGUAAAGUCAAGCUAAAGCCUCCCAAACCCAGAUCCAACCCCAGUGAAUGA